GAAAGGAAAGCCGACGUUAUAAAGAAGAAAGAAAAAGCGAGAAGAGAAUAGAACCCUAAUUCCCUAAUCUUCCAGAAAAAUUUGGCUUCCUUUUCGUUUCUAUGGCUUCUUCCUCUUCUUCUUCGAAAUCUUCAAAUGCAGGAGAUACAUAUAUAGGAAGUUUUAUCAGUCUCAUCUCUAAGUACGAGAUUCGCUACGAAGGCGUUCUCUAUCACCUCAACGUCCAAGACUCCACCAUUGGCCUCAAAAAUGGUGCAUUUUCUUUUUUACAUUUCUCCUUUUUUUUUUCUGUAAAUUAUUUUCUUCUUUUUGGUGUUGCAGUAAAGUCUUAUGGAACAGAGGGUCGAAAGAAAGAUGGGCCGCAAAUUCCUGCUAGCGAUAAGGUCUAUGAAUUCAUUCUUUUCCGCGGAAGUGACAUUAAGGAUUUGCAAGUUAAGACCCCACCAACUGUGCAAACUGAGCAACCAGUUUAUGAUGACCCUGCUAUCAUUCAGUCACAUUAUGCUGGACCUCCUUUAAGUUCUUCAGCAUCAGCUUUAAUUGAUGGUAAAAAUUUGGCAGAAUCUUCUCAAGGGCUUGAGAUGCCUGCUUUGAGUAGCAGACCCUAUUCGAGUUCAUUUCAGUCUAUAAAUCAUGUUGGUCCAACCAAUUUUUCCCAGGCUAUUGAAAAUUCUGGUCAAUCAUUUUCAAUGCCAAUAUAUCGGCAAGAACAUAAUGGAACAUCGAUCAAUGUGUCUCAUGCUCCCCAGCACUCUACUCCUUUUCAACCCUCAUCAAUGGUGUCUUCUUCUUUGUCAAUUCAGAAUCAGAUGCAGACAGGCUUAGAGCAUUCUCCAAUAAUGGGAUUGGCAAAUGCAUCGGAAUUUGUUGCUCCUAUACCUUCUGUUGCCUCUGAUUUUUUGCAACCCAAUUUUGCAACUUCUACUUCAGCACAGUAUUCUGUUUCUUAUGACAUGCCAUCUUCCUCAACUGUAAAGACAUUCUCACCAUCUUAUGCCGGAUAUACUUCUUUUAAUAGGCUGAGUGCGUCUUCAAUUCCACCUUCAAUUCCUUACUCUAUUGGAGACACAGGCAUGACUAAUGCUCAAAGUAUUGGUCAAGCUGUUUUUGACCCUAUAACAGUGCAUUCUACCCCAUCUAUGCCUUAUCCUCUAUCUUCCUACGGUGCUUCUACUUCCAGUCCCUUGCUAACAUCAGCUCCUCUAUUAAGUCCUGAACAAUUAGCACAGUCUGCAUCACCUGUGGUUUCCUCCAUGGGGUAUCCUGAUCAGAAGAAUGUGGAUCCUCUGACUUCUUUAUCAUCUACCUCACCACCGUUGCUUCCUGCUCCAGCUUCUCAGGCACCAUUAUUGCCAUUGCCAAGUUCUGUGCAAAAGUUCACUGAAGAAUUUGAUUUUGAAGCCAUGAAUGAGAAGUUUAACAAAGAUGAAGUUUGGGGUUAUCUUGGAAAGGCAAAGCAAAGAGAUACAGAGGAUGUAGAGGACAAUGGAAUUGAUUGGAGUUCAGAGAACAGACAGGCCUCUCAUCUGGUGCCUAAUUUUGAUGCUAAGCCUGCAUACAAGAAAGAUGAUUUCUUUGACACGAUUUCCUGCAAUACACUUGGCCGAGCAAGGAGUGGCCAGAACCGUUUCUUUGACCGAAUGAGGCAAGAUACUGAGACUUUUGGCCGGUACAACCAGAGUUAUGGCAACUAUGGUUCUGGACGAGGCAAUAAUUAUCAUGGCAGACAUAACUGGGGAAGGGGAUAUGGUUAUGGACCUUACAGCGGGAGGGGAAAUGGGAACUUGCCUUUCUGAUGCAGUCUGACUUUGACUCCUCGAGAUUGAUUUGUUUGUACAUGAUAGAGGUCAACCUUUCAUUUCUGCUUCUCAUUUUCAACCUUCUGCACCGGGAGGAACUAUUCUCAAGGUAAAAUGAUAUGAUACGAGGUUUCUUUUAUCUUGGGAUUUGAAUGUUGAGAUACCUACUAGGUAGGAAACCACGGAAUGUACAAUCAAGGCAAGUUCAUGUUUUUUGACUAAUGAGCUGGCCUUUAUCUUUUAUUUUUGAGGAAGUCUGCAAUUAGGUUUUUCAAGACAUACAUACAUAUCUGCAACUUCUUUUCUAGGGAUAUGGUUGUCGUCUGCAAUGCUAACAGACUACUUCUUACUGUGUUGUCUGUGCUUUGUAUAUUGUUGGCAGACAUAGCUCUGAUGAUAGUAUAUGCUGUUAUAUUAAGUAAGUGGAAUAUGUUCAGCUGAAUGUUCUGAUUCAAUUCUAGAUUUUCUAUGACCUGACCAUUUAAUCUGCUACUUUGAGUUCCUGUUAAAGAAUUAUGUAACAGUGGAAUGUAAAUGGUAACUCAAUUAUUUCAGUAAAUCGUCAAGAGGGAAAAUAA